CGCUAAGCUCCCGCGAGAUCUGCAUCAUCAAGUUCCCGCCUGAAUCGCCGCUGACCAGACCCGCUUGCUUCGCUCCUUCACUCCUUCCUUCCGUCCUUUUCAAAUAAGACUCCAGGACGACCAUUGCGCCGUUCUCCCUAGUAUUCCUAGAACAAUCUCGCACGAUCAGCUUGACCUCAAGGGUCAGCGUUGACAGCGACAAUGUUUGAUACAUUCGCGACCCUCUUAUCGUCGAUCCCUACCUUCAUCUUUCCUGUAUUCGCCUCCUACAAAGCUCUCAAGACCACCGAUCCCGCGCUAUUGAAGCCAUGGCUGAUGUACUGGGUCGUACUAGCCUGCGCAUUGUGUGUUGAAUCCUGGGUCGGCUUCAUCCUCGUCUGGGUCCCCUUCUAUGCUUGGAUCCGCCUGGCCUUCCUCUUAUACCUCAUCCUCCCACAAAGCCAAGGUGCUCGCGUCCUCUACCAAACGCACGUCCACCCCUUCCUCCACGACAACGAGCUCGCAAUCGACAACUUCAUCUCCUCCGCCCACGACCGCGCCAAAGCAGCCGGAAUAACCUACCUCAAAAACAUCAUCGAACUCAUAAAACAACAUAUCCUCGGCCUACCGCCAAAGGAACCCACUCCUCCGCCUACACCAUCAACAUACAGCUACGCGCAGUCUUUACUCGCCCGCUUCAACCUCCCAUCCGCUAGACCUGCGUUCCCAUCGAACCCAAUCCCAGGCGCUACAAGCACUGCAAAUGAUUUCUACGCUCUCCUCGCCAGCGCAGUAAGCGCUGCCACCGGUCCCUCGUCCAGCACACAAGCACGCGACCUCUCGAACUCAGGAAUGUUAAUCCCGCCCACCAUGGACGGCGAAGAACGCCUCACAUUCAUCGCCGCCCAGCGCGAGCGCCUCUCCAUCCUCCUUUCCGCACUCGACAAAGAAGCCUCCAAUCUCCAAUCCACCUCCUGUGGACCGAAGCAGCGAGUACCAUCAAUGUUCUUCGAUGGCAGCUCAGGCAGUGAGGAAGAAAUCGCUGCUGGUAGUGAGAGGCCGAAGAGCGCGAUGAGUGGCCUUAGUACUCGGCGAAGUGAGGCGGAUUUCGAGAAUAUUGAUGCCGAGUCUGGGACCGAGGAGGUUGAGAAUACGAGGAGGCGGGUAACGAGGGGCCAGAGUAGUGGGGGCGGUGGUUGGAUGCCUUGGAGUUGGGGUGCGAAGGCUGCGGAGGGAAGUGCUGAUACCGUGAUGGCUGGGACGGAGAAGGGGGAGAAGGGGAAGAGUUCGGGUGUCGAGACCUAACUCCUCAUUCUCCCUAGUGAUUAAUGAACUGUAUAUGAUGAAUUGGGUUAUGGUUAUUUUGGCGUUCAUUUUGAGACGGAGGGAUGGGUGGUAGACGGGGUCUCACGGCUUUGGCUGGGCUUUUACAUGGGAUGGGAUGGGUCGGCGAUACUGUCACUUUCCUAUGGGCGGGCCCCUGGAGGCUUGGAUAUCGCAGUCUUUACAAGAAGACCAGAUCCAAUUCUACAAUCCGCUAACCACUAUCACUACCCUUGAGUAAUAUAUACCCUUUCGACUCUCCACCUUUUUGAACUAGGUAUAACUGGAGCUCAUUGCACCAGGGACACUUGGAAUAUUGAAUCGAUGUGCAACAAUAUCCUCGAAAAGAGGAUUCACUCUGGCUCUUGGCAUUCUCAUUGUACUCCGUACUAGGAAACUUUGGAACAUUGAAUCGAUGUGCAGCGAAAGUCCUCGCGUGGAGGAUUCACUCUUUCUCUUAACACUCCCAUUGUAUCAG